AAGUGCUGGAAGUUUAUUUUUGUUUUUCAUUUGUUAUUUUUGCAAUGAUUUAUGUCCAAUUGAAGAAGUGACAUUCGCAGAAAAAUAUCAUUUAUAGAAAAUGUGAUAAUAUUUUAUGUAAAUUAUAAUGUCUUUCAAUGCAUCCAUUAAGACAGAAGUAUUAAAACAAAUAAGAGCUCUGCUGCUUUCUUCUCCUGUUGGUUUGACCCUUGGAGAACUGAAAAAAGACUAUGAAACGUUUAUUGGUACACCGCUCCCGUUCAGAAAACUGGGUUAUAAUACAGCAGAAGAUUUUGUCAAAGACAUACCAGAAACUAUUAGUAUCUCAUGGAAAAAUGGCAUGCUCGUGUUGCAGACACCUUCUGACUCGACAACAAAGCACAUUGAACGUUUAGUCGCUCGUCAAAAUAUCCCCAAACCUAAAAAAUAUGCUGUUUUACGAAAUAGAACUGGUUCGUCAAAUAGUCGAAACUGGAGAUCAAAACAUCAGCCAUCAGUUCCUUUGUUUAUUAGAAACCAAAUAAACCAAUUGUUUGCAUCAUACCCUGAUGGUUUACCACUAACACACUUUGAUAUAGCAUUUUCAAGGAGAUUUGGGGUGGCAUUAGAUAGUUGCAGACUGGGGUUUACUUCUACUCAAGAUCUACUUGGCAGUGUUACAGAUAUUGUCAAACUUGAUCAAUGUGGCAGGGAGUGGAGAGUGAUUCCAGCAUUUGUAGAUCGCGAGAGAUACAGACAUAACAGCAACUACCAAGCUGCUCCCAGUUACAAACAUUCAGAAUCAAGAACACAUUAUUUUGAAAAAGAAAGACGUGUUUCUGAUGAAAGUUCAAAAUCUGCUCAUGAUGUGUCAUGUCCUCCAUCGCCAAACAGUUCAAUUGAGCCAGAUGCCAAUUUUGAUGAUGUGGCAAUUGAUUCAAUUAUACAGGAUAAUAUAGCACAGCUUUUGAAAUCUCGACCUGAAGGGAUCUGGGCAAAUCAACUUUCUAAUGAAUACAAGCAAAAUGUCGGCAAGGAGCUGCAGUUCAAAGAGCAGGGUUUCCUCAGCAUCAUCGAGUUUGUGUCUGCUCUGCCUCACAUUGUCAAGAUUGAACGUCCAGUGCCUAAAGGGGACUGGUGGUUGACCCAUGUAGAUCAUAAGAAAACUGCUGAGCCCAUUAAAACCAAGGCAGCACCUGUUGAGAGUUCUGAAUACUUUGGAUCUCCACCGACUAUUGAAACGGAACUGCGGGAGAGUAUUCGACAAGUGCUGCAGGCUCAUCCAGACGGGGUUCUCAUGAAGGACUUCCCCGAUGUAUUUUUAGUGAUGACUGGCAUUAGUCUUGAGGAAAUGUCGACAAAGUUCAAAACACUGGAGCGUCUCCUCUUGUCCGUCACUGAUGAUGUCCUACAGGUCCAGUACAAGGGAGAAGGCCGCUUAAUGUUGUAUGCAAUUGAAACAAAAGAUUCUCGAAAGUUUGAUCGCUUGCUUGAAAAAUAUCGUCCUCAUCUUUCACCAGAGGAGAUCUUUCCCAGGACAGCUGGUAUCCCAGAAGACUCUGUGGGUCCCGGGGCGGCAUAUGUAUCAGUCGAUCUUCCGUCACUCACCGACUACACAGAGAUAUACGUGUCGAACAUCUGUUCACCGUCGAUGUUCUGGAUUCAGUUGCGAGGAGCGCAAACCACGCUAGCUCUCGAGAGUCUGAUGGAUUCACUAGAGCGUUACAAGUUUGCCGAUGGAGAGAAGUACCGAAUGCCGGAGUCGUUAAUUGCAAUAGGUCAGGCAUGUGCAGUACUCUUCCCGGAAGAUAACAACUGGCACCGGGGGAUUAUUACUGGCAUCCGGGACAUCGAUUUAGUCGAGGUAUUUUAUGUUGAUUAUGGAAACACUUGUUCUGUGCAUAAAAACACAUUGCGACUCCUGAGAUCUAGAUAUUUUCGGCUGCCAGUGCAAGCGAUUCAGUCACGUCUUGCUAAUAUCAGUCCACUUGGUGGUACAUGGACAUCACAAGCCAAACAAAGGAUGCUUGACCUCUGCCGAUGUAAACCACUGAUAGCUCUGGUCACUGGAAUCAAGGACCGUGUUCUGUCGAUCUGUCUGACCGAUACGACAUCCGACAUGGACGUUCACAUCAACGACCUUCUGGUCCACGAGAAAUACGCCAUUUUCUCCCCCGACCAUCUCCAGAAGGCAGACUCUAACACGAUUCCUGAUCUGCACUCCACCAACCUCAAUGACCAAUCAAAACAAAGCAUUCAAUCCACCAGUCAGCCUCCGGAAUCUGGCAAUCAACGGUUUGUCAGAGCGUGUGAAAUGACAUCGGAAGUGACACUUCACAUUGUCAGCUUACAGUCCGAGUUGUACAUCCUCUCAGCUGAAAUAUCAGCCCUGUUUUGGCAAGCCGAUAUUUUGAGAUCCAUGUUACAACGCGUAUGCAAGACAAUGAAUCGCAAGAAAGUGACGGUUUCAAAAGAUGAUUACCCUUCUUUGUUUACAGAGCUCAUAAGCUAUGGUGUGAAAUGUGUCGAAGAUAAGACAUUUCUUACUCUUUAUCCACUUGAUGCUCUUCCGUCCAUCCUGUCUGUGUUCCAGCACUCGUCCUCGGAGUUGAAAGAGUCGAUUGAUGCAGCACUGCAGGCGCUCAGUCCCGAAGACUCGUACUGGAAGGGAGUGGAUUCGGAAUCGGACUCAUGUUCCGAGUUGAGCCGAGAAUUUGAAGAUCCACUGCUGGGACUGGAUGAACUGCGGUUAACGUUGCAAGCUCUUCAGUUUAAAAGGAAACGGAUCAUCCAGAGCCUGAUGGGAGAAAAUGUGAGCCAUGUGGAUUCCGUGAACCAGAUUAAUGAGGUGGAGAUGCAGAUCACUAAAACCAAAGAGCUCAUUGACGAGCUGGAGGCCAUGGAGAAAGACCUUGCUAAUGACAGUCAGUCAGUUGAUUUGGAGCAAGAUAGCAACACAUCUGAAGAAAAGGUCCAGAAAUCCAUUACAAACGCACGGUCGCCCAUUAAAACCAAUGUUGUGGCUCCGAUGAUUGUCAAUCCUGUGCCAUCCACGAAACCUGCAGACCACAACAACCCAUCCUUGAGUUCACUGCAAGCAGCCAAUCAGGACCUUGCUACCAUGAUGCAGCAGCAACAGUUGCUCCAAUCGGUGGCCUCGUCUCAGAGCGGCACGGGUGUCUGGGAUCCGUCCAUGAUGGGCGUCAUGUCUGGAUUCUCCAUGCUGUUUCCCAUGAUGCAGACUCCCGCAAUGAUUACCCAGAUGUCAUCGAUGGGCCGUGGCCAACCGGCGGUGGCGGCAGACAUGACAUCCAUGCCAGCCUUGCAGAACAUCCCUUCCAUGCCUGGAAUGUCAAACAUGCCAAACGUAGCAUAUGUUCCCCAGUUUCCCAACAUACCAAAUUUAUCAAAUUUGCCAGGUUUGCAAAAUCUCAUGAACAUGACACCAGUGACAGUACCACAGAAUACUUCAGCUAACAACAGUGCCGACGUUCCCGGAAUGAGUAUGGGUCAAGGGGCAGACAACCCUAUGCUGUUGCCAGGGUUAUUGCCUCUUCUGCAGAACCUACAGCUUGGUCGUGGAAGAGGCGGACCCAGUUCAGGGAAUGGGGGUCAGUCAUGAGAAUACCUUUGUGUAUCCUCUAGACUUGGUGAUAAUGUAGGUUAGAGAUCAGAUUUUUUUUUUUUUUUAAAAACAAUUUUAAAUUUCAGUGAAUUAAUCUACUGUCAAGAAUUAUUGACAAAUUAUGACUUUAGUUAAUAUUUAGGUUAUUGAUGAUCAUCAUAUUUUUUGUAUGACAAGGUGUCUGUGAUUGUUUUUAUUGGUUUAAACAGAGGUUAAAGACAGGCUCGCACAUCAUUUGAUCUACUAAGUGACUCUAGAAAAUAACCUGCAUUACGUAAAAAUAUAUUGAGCAGCAAAACUGCAAAUAUUAAUUUAGUUUUCUUUAAUUUUAUUUAAAAUUAUUCAUUUGGAAUCCCAUUAAUGUCUGUCUAUUAAAAUUAUCAAUCUCUUGUGAACAUUUAGGCCCAUUUUUGACUGUGUUAAAAAUAUAUAUAAGUUUACUUAUUAAGAUAUUGGCUUUUCUGUUUUUGUUCAGUAUAUUGCAUAUUUAAUUUUAUCCGAAAAGUACUGCCCCAAGUUCAGCCAGCAAACGUUUCACUAACAUUUGUGAACUAUUUGAUUGGUUCCCGAAGUGGUAAAUUGGUUUACUGUGUUACUUAAAAAUUAGUCUAGCGAAUGUUGGCAACAAGCGGUUGAUUGAACUUCCGCCUGUAUUCACCCAGCUACACCGUUGUCGUGUUCCACUUGUUAUCAAUGUUUUGGUAUAUAGUUGAAUUAUGGUUAUGUGGCUAUAAAUAUAUUAUUAAAAACCUUGUAGUUUAAAAUCAGCCCUCUACAUUGCGACUGAUUUGAUUGCAAAUGCAACCAUUUAUUUUCAUUUGUCGACAAAGAUUUCAUACUAUUUAUAUAAAAAAUAGGAGUAGGCCACAUCUGGCUCCUAAAUGGAAACGUUAGCAUAGAGGGCUGUUUAAAAUGUUUAGAAAAUGCCUUGUGGAAGACAGCAGUAAACAAACAUACACAGUGUGUAUACUACAGGUCACUGUCUUUAGAAGGUCAAAUGCCUGUGUGACCCUGACAUUAACAUCUUUGGUGUGUUAAUGUAUGCCAUAAUUUCAAUGUGAUAGUGUGGUAAAAAGUAAGCAACAAAUGAUAUCAGCUAACAAUAUAUAUACUCUUCAAAAGAAGAAACGCAAAACCACAUUGUCGUAACAUUUGGAGAAUUGAUUUAAUUAUUGAAUGGUGAGUCCGAUAAUUACCAAAUGUUGCAGGAUUGUUC